GUCGUGUGAUGAAGUUCAGAUGCGCGCCGUUGUUCACGGCGUCACCAGCGCACAGAGGAGCUUCGUGACGCGAGGGGAGGAUGAAGAGAUGUGUGGAUCACGACCAUGGGAGGCUCUGAAUGUGACAUUACACGUUAGCUAAUUGACUACUUUUACAGGAUUUUUUUUUUUUUUUGUACCCUUUGUAAGAGCGUUAACCCAGCUGCUCUGGAGGGAGAUCCAGCACCGCCUUUCGCGUCUGUCUUCCAAAUUGAGAAGCUUCGUGGGCUACGUGGACCGUAAAACCUCCGCUCGCUCCCUCGCGGUUAUGUUGUAGUUUACUCGGACUCGGAGCUCCUUCUUUUUUUGAUCCAGGAAAUGUUGGCAUGGCCGCCUCGCGAGCACAGAAGUGUCCGAAGAAUGAGAAGUUGGACGAGGCGCAGGCUUUGGCCAAGAGCUGCGCGGGGAGACCAGACUUCCUGCCUUGUGAUGGACUCUCCAUCUGCGCUACCCACAGCCACGGAAAGUGCUUCAAGCUGCACUGGUGCUGCCACUUGGGCUGGUGUCACUGCAAGUAUGUGUACCAGCCCAUGACCAAUGUGUGCCAGCUGCCCAGCACAACCGUGCCAGCUGUUGAGACAGAGUACAGUAACACCAUGGACCUGUCUGUCUCUCUGGCUGAGCGCUUCCUGAAGCUCGCCCCCUGCUUUCAGUCCCCGCCUCACCUGGAGUCACCCAAGUACUGCGUCAUCGCGGAUCUGUUUGUGGAUGACUACAUUGUCAAACGCAUCAACGGAAAGAUGUGCUACGUGCAACGCCCCCCGCCUCCCUUACCAGAACCACCUCAUCCUCCUACCCCUCCCACACCUGCUCCCGUGACACCUCAGAUGCCCCAAAAUCCCUCUCAGCCGCGGCAACCAGUGAAGCCUGCAGCGCCAACCCAACACGUAUCUGCGCCUGUGCAGCCGGUCCAGCAGGUCCAACAGGUGUACAGUGAACACAAACAUCCUUCCCCCGUGGAUAAGAUAAAAGGCCCCAAAAUGGACCACUGCUCCUCUCCGUCCAGCUCCGAGGACUCUGGCAUCAAUGCCCUAGGUCUGCACUACCUGGAGUCCUGCGAGGAGGAGAGUGAGGAGGAAGACGACGAGUUGAGCACAGACGGGAACUCCAGCCCUGGCAGCCUCUGGGAUCAGGACGACUGUUCUCUGCUCUCCCCCUCCAAGUCAAUGAUAGAGAUCAUCGAAAAGAUUGAAACAACUGUGUAACUGACACAACAUCAACAUGGACACCAGGUGUGAGGGAGCAUGUGCUACAGAGCAGAAUUAUUGAGAAUAACACUUGAGGAUUUAUUCUAUGUAGACCAAAUAGGACACAAACCCCUCUCUAAGGCUUCAGCAGGGCUUUGCCGGGUUGGUUAGUUGAAUAUGUUUUCCAGCAGGUGGCCGAGGACUGUACGUCUGUACUCAAACCCAGCCUCUGUCCACAUCCCCUGCAUGGAGUGAAUUUCUAAAAAUUAUUACAAUACUGUACAGGAGAAAGGCACAAGCACAAGAAUAUCAAGCACAUGCACAGAGGACCAAAUAGACUUCCUGUAUGUGGUACUACUUAUACAGUGAAAAUCUAAAAUACAAAAGGAAUCAAUAGUAGGUGCACUUCCAUAAGAGGAAAGGUUUUUUCCGAGAUUUCUCUUAUAUAUUACUGGAGCUAAAUUUUGUAUGAACUAAGGUGGUAUACGUAGGUUUCCUGAUGAUAAUGAGCAGUUAGGUAAUUCUCAAGAGUUCUCCAGUCGUCAAUCUGGCAGUCAAACCUUAUUCUAAUUCAACAUUUAAGUGGCAGAUAAGCGUUCCAUUUCUUGUUCUCUGGUCAAUGGCUCUACCCACACGUAUUAGUAAUUCUAACACUUCAGCAUAUUAUCUAUAAGGCCAGCUACCUCUCAUGGGCCUAAAGCACAUCAGCCUUGUAACCUGUUAAUUGCUCAGCCCCGAGCUGCUGGGACACACCUGCUUUGUCACAUUAAUAAAAAGAUUCCCGGGCCACAGUUUGUGUGCACUUUACUGACACCAACACGAGCGUUAGGUAGGUCAGUGUUCGACAAUCAAGGAUUACACAGAAGCACAUUCCUAUACUGUACCUGCCAGCGAAGGUCAAGGAUACUCUUUAAAACCAUUUAUCAGACAUUAACACAUUGUUCUGACCAACUUUUCUGGUCAAGCUGGACUGAACUGCAGUGGCAAGAGCGUUAAGCAAAACAUGACUUGUACUGACCUCUAUUAGCAGCCAAGAAAUUAAAUAGCACGUGUCUCUGGCAGAGCUACAGUGACAAAAGUAGGAGUCACGUUGUCAUAGAAGAAACUGGCAAGACACCUAGUGAAGAGGGAUUAUAUCAAAUAAAUACAUAUAAACUUAUACAAUAAUAAACCUUCGUUGCUAUUGGCUUUUUGGGCUUGACGGUAAAAUGUCUUGUGAUGCCAUCUGAAAGGGGACCUUUCCCAGAAGGUGUGCAGGCUAGACUAGUAUGUAACAGUAAUUUUGUGCUAUGGGGCAGAAAAAUGUCACUUAAUGCACGGAGAUUACAGUAUGUAAUAGGAUUCUGAGUAGGUGUUGUGAUGUUGUGAUGGACAUAAUGUUAUAAGAAAUCCACUCCAAUAUAAAAGGUGAGACAGCCCCUUAUUAGUCAGUUAGUAAAAUAAUGUUUAAAGUUUAAAGAGUUAUUUCUUGGAGAGUUAUCUGCAAAAAAUCACUAAAAUAUUCACAAAUAUGUAGUGCUGCAAUGAUACGCUAGAUGUUUUUUUGCAUGACUGCAUUCAUUUGCAGAAGUCCCUCAUGUCAAAAACCAAUUUAACAAAUGUGUGAUUCAAAGAGUGAACCAAUCCUGUAUCUGUCAAUCAAUUAAAAUGUUUUUUUUUAUUCAGGGACAGCCCUUGACAUUACACCAAACACAGUCCCGCUUCAUGCAGUUUAAAACAUAUUAUGUUCUUAUUAAUGUUAUAUUAUUUUCAUAUUGAAUAAAUCUUAAUGAAACUCACA